CUGCGAGCAAGGAGCCGACACCACCACAAAUCAAACUCAGCCAGCAGCAGCAAGCAGCAGCCCGGUGGAGAGAGGGAGAAUAAGAAGAUGAGAGACGGAGAGAGGUGCGCACAGGACUUAAUAACGGAGAACGUUCAAUAGAGGAGGAUAACGCGCGGUUUUGGUGAGGAUGCGAUGUUUUCCCUGCAGAGGAAAAGGAUGUGUGACAACAAGGAUGUCUGAACAGGACGCGGGAUGAGAUUCACACUGUUUCGGAGACGCUCUUCUUCCUGUGAUCUCAAACAGCCCACUGCCUGUGAGGAGCCAGAAUAUCCACUAAUUCUGUCUUCUAUAUUAGGAGCUCUGUUGUGGGUCUCCUCGGAGGGGUGAAGGGUUUUUUGGUCUUCACCAUGAGGGCUGCCUCGGCAAACUUGUUUGUCGCCCUUCUUUUCCUGUGCGCCCUUGCGGGUGUUUUCUACGUCUGGAGCGCGCUGGAGAGCCGUCUGGAGAGGCAAAAACGCGGACUGCCAGCACCGGGUGGUGGUGGUGGUGGUGGUGGAGGCUCUUCUUCUUCUUCUCACCAAGGUCUCCAAGUAGUGGACCUCUCCGCCAAAACUUUCCGGGCAUUGCUCGCUGUCCCGGCGGCACAAAGACCGCACUUCUUGGUGGGGGGCAGACUCGAGACGCCUCGCAACCUCACUGCCUCUGCUGCAGGAGGAAGUGGAGAUUACCAUGUGAAUGGGGAUAACAACAAGAGGUCAGCGCUCAGGGAGGUCAAGUCGGGCUCCCCGGUGGCGGUGGUGGCGGUGGAGGAUGGGAUCUUUUGGAGCGAAUGGCUGGAGGAUCAACUCCCCGCUAUCUUCACGGAGGAUUACGCGCGGUCUUGGCGAGAGAGAGCGCGGACGAACCGGGUGGUGAAGCUGGAGCCAGGCUGCGGAAGGAUAUCCAACCAGCUCGCCACUUUCGCAGACGGGACCAAAGCGUGCGUGCGUUACGGCAUCAACGCGGAUCAGGUGCAAGGGGAAACUUUGACGUAUUACCUCGCCACUUUGUUGGGCAUCACCAACCUGCCUCCUCUUGUUCUCUCCCAGCUGAGCGGUGACAGUGAACAACAGUGGGCGGCUGUGAGGACGCGCGUAGGUGGGUUACAGUGGAGCGAUGGAGCCGUGGUGUCUCUAACGGAGUGGGUCUCCAAUUUGACCGGCGUGGUCACACCUGCGCCGCUGCGUCAGGAGAGGAGCAGCGGGCUGCAUCCAGAUGUGGAGCUCCGGAACAAGACGCUGCUGGAGCUGCUGGAGCUGAUGCAGUGGAGCGACUUGAUUAUGUUCGACUACCUGACCGCGAACUUCGACAGGCUGGUCAGCAACUUGUUCAGUUUGCAGUGGGACUCGCGCGUAAUGGAGAGGGACACCAACAACCUGCUGAAAACGCCCCGCGGCGACCUCGUCUUCAUAGACAACGAGGCCGGUUUGGUGCACGGGUUCCGGGUGUUGAACAUGUGGGAGAAGUAUCACAACACGGUGCUGGGCUCCGUGUGCGUGUUCAGGAGAAGGACCGUGCAGCGCGUGGCGGAGCUGCACAUGCGCAGAGACGUUAGGAAGAGGCUGCUGGAGCUCUACAGAGACAGCGAGCCUUUGUUGUCUCUGGAGUUGGGAUUUCUCUCGGACGAGCACGCCGGUGUCCUCCAGGAGAGGAUAGACAGAUUGCACAAACACAUUUUGCAUUGCAAAGGGAGGUACGGCCAGCUGUGAGCGUUCAGCAGCAGGCUUCAGGUGGAGAGACAUUUGCUGUUUGCAACGGUGUAAACGAGCUCUGCAAAACGCGAUUUGGCACACCUGUGCUUUAAACUGAUGCGCAUUACACAAACAAACUGUCUUGAAUACAUAGCUGAACUACCUCUUGUGAAUAGAAUGUGUUGCCUACUUUAUAUAAAAUAAGUUCAUUUGACACAUGUCUAUAAGCUCUCCCCUUGCUGAGGUUUCCACUGUAUUGCCUCACAGAGAGGAAUGAUUAAAGGGACUGUUUGUAACUUUCAGAAAUGCUUGUUAACAGCGACACCUGUGGCCGUUAAGUCAAUGAAAGUCAGCGUCGGGCUUGUGC